AUGUCGGAAUACCCUGUCGCCUACAAUGGCACAGACAAUGGGACCGGUGGUAACUCCCUGACAGAAGAUCUUAACAUCUACUACAGCUCUGGAGAUAUCGCUUGGGUUAUCACCUCUACGGCCCUGGUGUUGUUGAUGAUUCCUGGUGUCGGCUUCUUCUACUCAGGUCUCGCCCGACGCAAAUCAGCAUUGUCGUUAAUAUGGCUUUCAAUAAUGUCUGUCGGGGUGGUGUCAUUCCAAUGGUUCUUCUGGGGAUACUCGCUGGCCUUUUCUCAUACCGCUGGAACGUACAUUGGUGACCUGAACAAUUUUGGAAUGAAGGGUGUUUUGGCAGCUCCUUCAGUUGGCAGCUCCAAGGUCCCUGAUAUUCUCUUCGCUGUCUUCCAGGGAAUGUUCGCUGCUAUUACGGUUGCCCUUGCUGUUGGUGCAGUCGCGGAACGCGGUCGCAUGCUGCCUUGCAUGGUCUUUAGCUUCGUUUGGUCCACCAUUAUCUACGAUCCAAUUGCCUGCUGGACAUGGAACUCGUCCGGCUGGGUGUACAAACUGGGUGGACUUGACUUCGCAGGUGGUACUCCCGUCCACAUUGCCUCCGGCUCGGCUGCACUGGCAUACUCUCUGAUGCUCGGCAAGCGUCGCGGACAUGGCACCCACGAGCUCAACUACCGCCCGCACAACGUCACACACGUCGUCAUUGGUACCGUCUUCCUCUGGGUUGGUUGGUUCGGGUUCAAUGCCGGCUCUGCUCUGAGCGCCAACCUGCGGGCUGUCAUGGCAGCCGUUGUCACGAACCUGGCUGCCUCCGUGGGUGGUGUCACCUGGUGCAUCAUGGAUUACAGACUGGAGAGGAAGUGGUCGACCGUCGGUUUCUGCUCCGGUGUCAUCGCAGGUCUCGUUGCCAUCACGCCAGGCUCUGGUUUCGUGACACCUUGGGCUGCCUUCAUCUUUGGAGUUGUCGGUGCCGCUGCUUGCAACUACGCCACGAAGCUCAAGUAUGUGCUUCGUGUGGACGACGCCCUGGAUAUCUUUGCAGUGCACGCCAUUGGUGGUCUCGUGGGCAACCUGUUGACUGGUCUUUUUGCUGCUGACUACAUCGCCCACCUGGAUGGUUCUACGGUCAUCGACGGAGGCUGGAUCAACCACCACUACAUCCAGCUUGGCUACCAGCUGGCCGACUCCAUCUCCGGCAUGGCCUACUCGUUCUUCGGUAGCUGCAUCAUCCUCUUCGUCAUCAACCUGAUCCCUGGUCUUCACCUGCGUAUCCCCGAAGAGGAAGAGAUCCUCGGUGUCGAUGACGCUGAAAUUGGUGAAUUUGCCUACGACUACGUGGAAAUCACCCGCGAUGUCAUUGGUGGCACCAGUCCCGAGAACGGCGACGUGUCCUCCAAGCGCACCAUGACUCCUCCCAACGGCAACGAAGAGUCCGUGGAGACAAAGGCUUGA